AUGUUAAAUAACGGAUCUUUUGAGUACUGUGCAUAUCUGAAGGAAGGACAGCGUCUUGGUUUCAAAUAUUUCCACGACAACAAACAUGUUAUCAAGCCUCUUGUGCUGUCAGUAACAGCCAUUAUCCUAACACCUGUUAUUUCGGGCAGUAACGGAGUAAUAUUUUGGGCGAUUCUUCGUCGACCUGCUUUGCGUUCCCCAGCAAAUCUUCUCAUUUGUUGGCUAUCAGGUAUCGAUACAUUGGUUGGACUUUUGUAUCUACCGCUCUUCGCCGCCGGGUCUCUCGCGUUAAACACAAAGUACUUCUGUGUGUUGGUUGUUUUGAGGUCUUUCAAAGGAUGGGUGUUUUGCACCGCGUCUUUCUUGACAAUGGUAGCCAUAAGCUGUGAGAGAUACCUUGCUCUAUUCUAUCCACUGAGACACACGUUUAUCAUUACUACAAAAAKAUUACUGCUAGUCGUCACUCUUAUUGGGAUGACAUCCUUACUUUUGAGUAGUCUAGUCUUCAUGGGGACUACCGCUAAAGCCUUAAGAUACAGUAUAGGAAGCAUCCUCCUGACGCUUGGUUUGUUAUUUAUAUCUGGUACAUACACUCGAAUCUUCAAGCUCGUUCGCCGCCAUCACCACCAGAUAAAUGCUCAACAAUUUGUUGGUGACACCAACAACGCGAGACAGAGGAAACUAGCUGUUACAAUGGCCUAUGUGAUCGGGGUAUCUUUAGUAUGUUAUCUACCAAUGGGAGUAGUUUUAGUCGACAUUGUUGUCCAAGGAGAAUUCACAGUUCAAAACACAGGAUUCUUUGUGUUGAGUGAACUCUUGUUUGCUAUGAGUUCUUUGCUGAAUCCAUUGAUAUAUUGCUUGAAGAACUUAGAAAUUAGAUGUGCUGUUAUACAAUUAUUACGGUCCUUGAGGAAAAACGGCAGCUGUUCUUCAAGAAUAAUUCCCAGCUCAUCUUGA